GCCGGCGGCGAAGCCGACAAGCCUGCCCCUGUUGAGGCAACGGUGGAGAUGCCGGCGCCUGCCGCAGUAGCCGAGGCAAGCCGCGACGAGCCAUCUGCAGCCAAAGAGACGCCGGCAGAUGGUCUUGCGUGCCUGCAGCAGCAGCAGGAAGCCGACGUGGAGCAACAAGCCAGCGGCGAAGCCGACAAGCCUGCACUUGCUGAGGCAGCUGUCACCGGACUGGAGACGGUCUUGCCUGCGCCGCUGCCUGCUGAAGUUAGAGCAGAUGCCGUUGACACGGCAACGGUGGAGGCUCCGGUGCCUGACACAUCAGCCGAGGCCAGCUGCAGCGAGCCAGCUGCGGCCAAAGAGACGCCUGCGGAUGGUCUUGCGAGCCUGCAGCAGCAGGCGGUGGAAGGCUCGAAAACGGCAGCGAUCAAUGCUGAAUCCCUGAGCAAUGGCCAGCCUCAAAAGCUGGAUCCUGCACGGCUCAAGCUCAAGGAAGGGGAUCCGUACCUCAGCCCGCAUGCACGAGCCCUGGUCAACGACGAGGAGGGUGCCACCUUCCCCAAUGGUGCGGAAGAAGUUCGGUCGCCGCAGCGAGAAAGUUCCGCGCGCAGCCUGCAGCCCCCGAGCGCUGGCUUCGCCAGGGUGGGGACGUUGGAGGUCCGGUUGAGCCAGCUUCCCGACAAGAAGGCCGUGGGUGCUGCCAUGGACGAGGCGAUUGCACAUCUGGAGACCUACUACAAAGUCUCUGAACAGACAGCAGUUCGUCUCUACUUGGGCUGCAACCUCGACAUGGAGGAAGCCAAGCGACGUUUCGACGGCAUCCUGGAGUGGCGAAAGCAGUAUGGCGUGGAUCAGAUGCGCCUGGGCCUGCUGUCGGCGCUGCAUGCGGACGAGCCUGUGAUGGUGCCGUUCCACAAGGAGGUCGCCAAGCUCGUGACCAUCAACCCCUGCGCGCUGACCAGCGCGGAGGGUUCUCCUGUGAGCAUCUACUAUGUGGGCACGGCCCACUCCUCGGCGGCUCCCAAGGCCGACGAAGAUCAGCUCCGGAGGUUCGGUGUCUUCGUGGCAGAGUAUGUGGACGUUUGGCUUUCUGCCCAAACCACGACAACUGGCAAAUUGGCCGGCCAUGUGCAGAUCUACGAUCUGCAGGGCUUGAGCCUUUGGCAGGUCUCCAGCGGUGCCUUGGUGGAGAAGCUGAAGAUCCUGCUUGGGGCUGGUCAGCACUACAUGGAGCAGGUGUCCCACAUCUUCGUGAUUCGCUCCUCUUCCGCCUUCUCCAUGGCUUGGAACUUCAUCAAGGGAUGGAUCUCGCCGCGGACGGCAUCCAAAAUCCAUGUGUCGAGCAGCAUACCGUCUGAGCUUCAGAAGCUGUUGGGGCCCAGUGCUGCCGCCCUGCCGGCGCUGCUGAAGAACCCGCAGUGGACAGCAGCUGUGCAGCGACCGCCAUUCACUUCUGAGGAGUAG